AUGGAAGACGAAGCCACAUCUGCUACACGCGCUGGCUCGCGGUCAAACGAUGACGAAGUUGAUCCAACCCAGGGAUUGGAAGAUAAGUCAUUAGAUGAUGAGUAUGGUACUGACUUAAACGAGGAACAUCUUGCCAAUUCUGGAUUUGAUCGAUGUAAUUUUGAUGACGAUACUGCAGUUAACGGGCUUCAAGAUAUAUGGAAAGUUGAAGUAAAUGAGGCACCUGCUGAGUACAUUAUGAAAUUUCAUUUUCCAAAUAAUGAGGUUGCUUUUGUGUUUUACAAUUGGUACGCUAAUGUGAAUGGUUUUGCUGCCCGGAAAAGCAAGUUUAUGAGGAACAUCAAGGGUGAGAUAACGCAACAGACUUUCCUUUGCUAUAGAGAAGGUACUAGACAAGUAAAAGUUGAUGCAGGGGUGAUUAGGAAGCGACGUUCAAAACUACGAACCAGAUGUGGUUGCUUGGCAAAAUGUCGUGUUCAUAUUGAAGCUACCAAUGGGAGAUGGUACAUCAAAUAUUUGAAUGACGAACACAAUCACCCCUUAUUGGAUGACAAAUUUAUGGGCAUGUUACCUGCACAUAGGAAGAUGACGGAGUAUGAUAUAUUGCAAAUGAACAACAUGAGAAAGGUUGGGAUUAGGACCCCUCACAUAUACGGUUUGUUUGCCAAUCAGGCUGGUGGGUAUCAAAAGGUUGGAUUCAGAAAAAGAGAUAUGUAUAAUCAGUUAGAGAGGCAAAGACGAUCUAACAUUUCAGAUGCAAGUGAUGCCCUUGGAUUUCUCGAAUCAAUGGGAUCUACUGAUGAUAAGAUUUUCUGGAAGCAUACUGUAGAUGAAGAUGGAAGAUUGGAAAAGUUGAUAUGGUUUGACGGUGUAGGACAAAUGGACUAUUCUGUGUUUGGUGAUGUUUUGGCAUUUGACGCUACAUAUCAAAAGAACAAGUACUUGUGUCCGUUGGUUGUUUUCUCCGGUGUCAAUCAUCACAAUCAGAGUAUUGUGUUUGGGUCUGCCAUUGUUCGUAAUGAGACAGAGCAAACAUAUGUGUGGUUGUUGGAGCAAUUUUUGACAGCAAUGGGAGGUAAGAGUCCUACAUCAGUCAUAACAGAUGGAGAUUUGUCUAUGCGAAAUGCAAUCAAAAGAGUCUUUCCUGAUGCUCACCAUAGACUUUGUGCUUGGCACCUUCUCCGCAAUGCAACAAGCAACGUAGGAAAUGUCCAAUUUGUAUCUAGAUUAAGACAAUGUAUGUUGGGUGAUUAUGAUAUUGCUGAAUUCAAGCGUAAAUGGGAAUCAAUGGUAGUUGAAUUUUGUGUUGAGGAAAACAAAUGGGUAAAUGAACUGUAUGAGAAGAGGAAUAUGUGGGCCACUGCUCAUAUUCGUGGUAAUUUCUUUGCUGGUUUUAGGACGACUUCUCGUUGUGAGGCUUUGCAUUCUCAACUGGGUAAGUAUGUUAAUUUUCAAAACAAUCUUUUGGAGUUUUUACACCAUUACUUUCGUUGUCUGAGUUUUAUGAGGUACAAAGAAGUCGAAGCAGAUUUUUCUUCGGUCCAUGGGGAGAUUUUAAUGCAGACUGAAUUUCAUUCUCUUGAGAGGUCAGCGGCUAAUGUUUAUACAAGAGAGAUAUUUUUGCUAUUUCUUCCCGUACUAAAGAAAGCAUGCAGAUUAAAGGUGUUGGGUGUUAGACAAACCACAAGUAGUUAUAUAUACACAGUGUCAAAGUAUUGUAGAGAAGGGUCAGAAUGGCAGGUGUCAUAUUACCCAGCUAGUCUCGAAUUUAAGUGCUCUUGUUUGAGGUUGGAAUCAUUGGGUAUUCCAUGCGAACACUUAAUUUAUGUAAUCACAUAUUUGGACAUUGUAAAACUCCCUGAUUGUUUAGUUUUGAAGAGAUGGAGAAAGGACGUGAAGGACUCAUUGCCAAUUUCAAAUGAUUGUCUGUCUUCUGCCUGGGACCCAUCAAUUGUAAGUCAAUAUGUUGGUAUUGUCGAGCAUUGCAAGAGGAUGGCAUGUGCUGCUGUAAAAUGUCGAAAUGCAGAGUACGUUCGAAGCACUAUAGAGUGGAUAAGUACACGUACAGAGACAUUGGAGUCAAUUGCUGCAGAGGAUAUUCCGACUCAUUCUGACUUAAACGGUGCUUUCGCAGAAAACUUGAUGAACCCAUCCCGUGCUAGAACUAAAGGUUGUCGUAGUGCUGUGCCGUCUGCUAGUAAUCGAUUAAAGCGACCAUCACGUAAAGCACCAGCAUGCGGCGUAUGUCGUGAAGAAGGUCAUAACCGAAAGUGUUGUCCGGUUCAAAGACGGACCGAUGCCAUGUCCCAAAAUCAAGUUGGCUCAAAUGUAAUGUAUUAUGAAGAUGAAGAGUGGCAGUAG